AUGCGAAAGUUAGAAUGGGACGACAUGGGAGUGAAGAUUGACGGUCGGCAGCUACACCAUUUGCGCUUUGCUGAUGACAUCGUACUGAUAACACCUAGCAUCAGCCUAGCGGAACGAAUGCUGACCGAAUUCGACGAAACAUGUGGAUGCAUCGGUCUUCAGCUGAAUGUCCAAAAAACGAUGUUCAUGAGCGACGGAUGGGGCUCGGAUGCUCCAUUCACGCUCAACGGAACGAACAUAUCCGAAUGCACCAGCUACGUUUAUCUGGGUCGGGAAUUGAAAAUGAUGAACGACCUGACCCCCGAGCUGGGCAGAAAGAGACGAGCGGCUUGA